AUGGCCGCCGUCGGUGCUGUCGUGGACGCCGUCUUUGGUUCGUACGACGUCAAGAACGCGAAACAAUGGCGGAAUGAGGACCUUUUACAUCGAGAACAAGAGAAACAAUGGCGAGAAGAUUCGAUCCAGCGUGAAUAUGAAUGGCGUCGUGCUGAUUUAGAACGUGAACGACGCGUUGUGAAGCUCGAGAAUGAAAAGCGCAUCAUCGACGCGCGUCAUCGACAGCUCGUGACCGUGUCACAAAUGUCGGCACUUCUUGCAGGUUUUACCAUGUCCACCAUUGUUGAAGUACAGAUAGCAGACGGGACAAGUCAUGCAGUUACGACUGUAUACGGGGCCUUUAUAGUCAUGUUAAUGUGCAUGUUGACAUGCAUGGCACUACUACUGGCUCUUACGCGGUUUGUGACACACACAUUGGAAGGAGAAGUCCAUGCAUUAUCAUCCUUAGAAUUAGACGUCAUGUCACCAUUCUAUGAUUGGUGGCUCAGCAAAUGUGAGCAAGAAUGGAUCAUGGCCUAUUACCUUUUUCGAAUCGGGUUGUGUUUGUUCCUUGCACAGGUAGCACUGCUUGGGUGGGCGGUUUUUGGUGAAUGGGUAGCUGCUGCAUCUUGUAUGACAGUGUUGUGUAUAUUGACACUUGCCUACUUGGAGUUGCAUGUGGCUAGUCAAUGGAGAUAUCUCGUACGAUUCCCGGAACCACAGGCAUCUGGAUCACCCACAACAAAGAGACCGACCAACGUGUCGCCGUCUUUAAUCCCAUAA